GCAAUCUUUAAAUCAUUGAAUCUUAAUUAUAGCUAGCAAACUUAAUUAUGGUCUGCAUGGAUAAACAUAUAGUUCUUGUGCUCUCAGCCUUUUUAAGUGUCCAUGCUCUACUUUUAUUUCCUAAUGUGGUGCAUGGUGACACAAUAACAUCAUGCAGCCAAACACCAUACCCUGAAACAUGCAAUUCUUUUGUUAGUAGUACUAUUCAACCUCAGGCAAACCUAGAUGAAACCCUAUUUGUGUUCCGCGAAUCUGCCCUUAGAGUCACCAUGGCUCAAUCCGAACAAGCCCACAGCCUCGUGUCCGCCAUGGACUUGAGCUCAUUCAAUGAGCGAGCCAAGGCGGCUUGGGGUGAUUGUUUAGAGCUUUAUGAGGACACAAUUUGUCAACUCAAUCGCUCUAUCGGCUAUGACCAUUCAUUGGGUGCUAUUGUUGAUGCACAAACAUGGUUAAGUGCAGCAAUCACCAAUCAUCAAACAUGUCAAAAUGGAUUUAUCGAUUUUAAUCUAUCUUCUCACUUAGAAGCCUUCCCAGUGAUGUUAAGUAACUUCUCAAAGUUGCUUAGCAAUUCACUUGCUAUAAACAACGCUGCAACUUUAUCAUCAUCUUCGUUAUUGUCAAAGAAGCAGACUAAGAGCCGGCGAUUACUAGCCGAUGAUGACUUCCCAGAAUGGGUUUCAACUGCUGAUAGGAAGCUGCUUGAGUUGUCCGGGGCAGCACCACGAGCUGAUAUCGUGGUGGCGAAGGAUGGUUCCGGUAAUUACAAGACCAUUUCUGAGGCAGUGGUAGCUUCAGUGAAGCUGAGGAGUGGGACUAAGCGAUUUGUUAUAUAUGUGAAAAAAGGUGUUUACAAAGAGAAUGUCGAAAUUAAGGAGUCGAUGAAAAAUUUGAUGUUUAUUGGAGAUGGGAUCGAUGCCACCAUUGUUACCGGCAGCAAGAACGUUCAGGACGGCUCCACCACUUUCAAAUCAGCGACUUUUGCGGUUUCCGGUGAUGGUUUCAUUGCUCGUGACAUGACAUUUGAGAACACGGCCGGACCUCAGAAACACCAAGCGGUGGCACUCCGUUCCGGCUCUGAUUUGUCAGUUUUCUACAGCUGCAGUUUCAAAGGCUACCAAGACACUUUAUAUGUCCACUCUCAACGCCAAUACUAUAGAAACUGUGACAUCUAUGGCACCAUAGACUUCAUAUUUGGGGACGCGGUUACAGUUCUUCAGAACUGCAACAUAUACGUGAGAAAGCCGAUGAGCCAUCAGAGAAACACCAUCACUGCUCAAGGACGGUCCGAUCCCAAUGAGAACACCGGAAUUGUGAUUCAUAAUUCACGUGUGACCGCGUCCACGGACUUGAGACCGGUCCUGAGCUCCAUCAAAACCUAUCUGGGACGGCCAUGGAAGAAGUACUCGAGGACAGUGUUCUUGAAGUGUUGUCUAGACGGGUUGAUUGAUCCGGCCGGUUGGCUUCCAUGGAGUGGGAGUUUUGCUUUGAGGACACUGUUUUACGGCGAGUACAUGAACACCGGAGAUGGUGCAGGAACUGGUGGUAGGGUGAGGUGGCCAGGGUACAAGGUCAUAAAUAGUGUGACAGAGGCCGAAAAAUUCACUGUCGGCAAGUUCUUGGAUGGAGAUUCGUGGAUUUCAGGGACGGGAGUGGUCUUCACUUCUGGACUGUAAUAUACAGUUGCAUAUUGUAUGUGGUUUGUAAAAAAUAUCAUGUAUAGGAAAGUGACAUGCGAGUGUCGUUUACUAGUCGUAUAGUUUGCGUGACAUGGAAUGAUAAUGUAAUCUCGUAUUGUUUGUGCUGCUUUGUUGCUGUAAAUUAGGAAAGAUGUCUUGUAUUUGGAUUUGAUUGAAUAAAAUUGAAUUUGAUUGAAUAAAAUUUA